AAAAAAAAGCAUUGCCCAGCCAACUAUUUAAUAAAGCCUAAAAUAAAUUAUUUUUUUCCUGCUUGAACAACCCUUUAAAUCAUACAUAUCAUGGACAUUGCUGAAAUCGAAGCGUACACAACAAAGCUUGCCGAGGUCGAGCUGGCUCUUUCCGCCGACCCAGAAAGCGCUGAUCUGCAGAUGCUCAAACAGGAAAUCCAAGACCUGUUGGAACUGACUAAGCAGCUCUAUGAGCCAGCACCACAACCAUUACAAGCAGCUACAGCAUUAAUGGCAUCUGCUUUAAACACAGAUAAAUCCUUAGAAACAUUGCCUCAGAUUGCCACAAGGGCAUGGCAGAUUGGUGAUGACUGCGAGGCGCGCUAUGCCGCCGAUUCCCAAUUCUACCCUGCUCGCAUCGUGGCUGUUCGUGACAACGGAUACCAGGUGGCGUUUAUUGGAUACGGUGACAUGCAAGAAGUACAGCCAUUGGAUCUGCGCGAGCUCACAAAGCCUACAAAGUCCGCCGAUCGGCCUGCAAGCCAGCCCGGUCAUAAUCCCAAACCUGUUAAACAGGGAAGGGUGGAUAAGAAAAAGGGUGGAAAGGCAGAUGCUGGCUCGGUUGCUUCCAGCCAGCAAGCCUGGCUAAAGUUUGCCAAGGGUGGUGCCAGUAAGAAGCUAAAGGUCAAGGCCAUCAAUGACAAGUCGAUAUUCAAAAGUCCCGACACUGCCACGGGUAAAGUCGGAGUUUCAAAUAGUGGCAAAGGAAUGACCAAGAAUCCGUCGCUAAGUAAGCUGUAAAUUUUUGACGAAACUUUUUUAAAAAAU